CCAAAGGAAUGCUGCGCUCCCCGAAAGGCAAAGACACAACUCGCACCGUCCGUCGGGUGGCAAACGGCAAAAAAAAAAGUGCAGUAGCCGUCGCAGUCUCGCGAAUGUGAAAUGAAAUGUGCAAUUAAAACGCGAAUAAUGGCAGAGUUCAAGUGAAAUAUUGAGGAAUUCCAACGGGAAAAAGGAAGAAAAAAUAAAUCACAGCCGAAGGCAAAAAAUCUCCUGGCGUAGAGGUGUGCGUGAGUGCGUGCGUACGCGCUGGUGUGGGAUAUCCUUCGGUCUUCGAGUGAAAAUAAUGAGUGUAAAUGGAGACAAGUAAACUAAGAGCGAUAAGGUUACAGAUGUCCUAAGCACACACAUACACAAGGACACAAGCAGAGACACACGGCCAACGCAGGGAUAUUGCGGCAGGGGCUGGGCAUGUAACUGGAUCCUGGAUACAUGUUGGCUCCUAAGACAACAGCUCGGCAAAGGCAGGAGCGGGAGCAGACGAGGGAGCAGGAGCAGGACGCCGUAUCGUAUUCACCACGUCAACAAAGCGAGUGUGCAGCUAAUGCUAAUGCCUGCAGUUAGCUCGCCAUCGCCACAACGCCACGUCACAUUGCAGGUGCAGCAGUUGCACAGGAAACGCAGGAGCAGGAGCAGGAGCAGGAGCAAGAGACACCUCAUCCUCCUUCUCCACACUGGGAACCCCCUCAAGGCGCAGCAUGGCGGUGAUUAAUAGAGCCGGAAGUGUGAUUAUCCUUCUAUUUGGCCUCCAGGUCAUCUGCUUAUCUCUUAUGGUCACCGGAGAGCUGCCGCAGCUGGACUAUGGCAGCAUGUCCGCCUCCCUGGAGGAGGAUGCAAUUGACCCACUCACAGCACUAGCUCCCUUUGCCAAUUCCCUGGUCACCGAGGAGUCGGCACCGCAAAAGCAUCACUUGGAGCUGCUGAGUAAUAGCAGUGAAGAGGAGAAUCCGGCACGACCUCCGGUGGGUGCACAAUCCUCCUCCUCCUCAUCAUCAUCUUCUUCUUCGGCGACGGGAGCGGCAUCGGGCACACUGCUUGAGGAGUUCAAUAGCGGCAAACUGAGUCCUGGAGAGGCCAGCAAUACCCUGCCCAUCUUCCUCAGUGAGCCGGAGAGUGUUUUUGUGGUCAAGAACCGACCGGCCAUCCUCAAGUGCAAGGCUUCGCAUUCCCUGCAGGUGAUCUUCAAGUGCAGCGGCAGCUCACAGCCCCCACCGUCGACGCACGAGACUCAUGUGGAUCCUCAUACCGGAGUCAACAUGGAGGAGGUCACCGCCACCAUACACCGGGACCUGGUGGACGAGUUCUUUGGGGAUGGACCCUUCAAGUGCGAGUGCCACGCCUGGUCGUCGCGUGGCGUGGUCAAGAGUCAGGCGGCCACCGUGCACAUAGCCUAUAUUCGCAAGUCCUUCAACCAGUCGCCAACCUCACUGCGCCUGGAGCUGGGCAGCCGGGCGGAACUGCGCUGCGAGCCACCCGGCGGCUUCCCCGAACCGAAGCUCACCUGGCACAAGAACAACGCGGUCAUCACCGCGGAAAGUGAGCCCGGGAUCAGCGUUACGGGCGGCAUACUCACCUUCCGCCAGGUGGCACUGCAGCACAUGGCCAACUACAGCUGCAGUGCGGAGAAUAUAGCCGGCAGACGCAUCUCCGAUUCCGCGGUGCUCAUCGUUUAUGUGAACGGCGGCUGGAGCACCUGGAGUCCAUGGCGCGAGUGCAAGUGCGCGGGCAAGCCGAGCCAGGGACGGAAGCGGUCGCGUACCUGCAACAAUCCGAUGCCGCUUAAUGGGGGCGCCCAGUGUCCGGGCCCCCAGAUCCAGAAGUCCGCCGACUGCGCCGCCUGUCCAGAGGACACUCAAAUCGUCAGUCCUGAUGGAUUUGACAUUUCGUCGAGUAAGCGCAUGGCCCGCUGGUCGCCGUGGAGUGACUGGAGCAUCUGCUCCGCGGAGUGCAUUCAAGUGCGUCGCAGGAAGUGCCUGAGUCAGGGCCUCCAGACACAAAAUCCCGAUGGCGAUGAGAGCGGCGAACUGCUACUGGGCUCCGGUGUGGGCAUGGCAGCACUCAUUGCUGCUGCCGCCGCCUCCGGUGGAGGAAGCCCCGGCGAGCCGGCUUCUGGCUCCAGCAGCUCCUCCGACAGUAUCGCAGGAUAUGGCAAAUCAUUGUGCACCGGAAAGGAUAUACAGACAGCCGAAUGCCGCGGCGAACAGUGCCAGAUUGGCAAGGAUGAUUUCGAUUGGACCCUUUAUCUGGGACUGGCCUUCAUAACCGCGGUCUGCUUCGCCUUUGGUGCGGCCCUGAUCUGCUGCGCCCGCCGUGGCAUUCGCACCAAUCCCCACUACAACAUGGCCCGCUCAGUAAUGGACGCGGAUUAUAUGCCCGGCGUGGUGGAAAAGAAGGAGAUGCGCAUGCACAUCGAGGCCAGCAACAUGGGUUACGAUUACGUCAAUCCCGGACAUCGGUACUUGCCCAGCAUGGGCAUGGGUAUUGGAUGCGGCGGCGUCGGUGGCGGUGUCACCGAGCACCACUACGAUGUGCCCAAUCUGUCCGCCAACUACACCAACCCCAUUGAUCAUCUCAGCGUGGAUUAUUUGUCGGAAACCGGGGAGUCCUCCACUGCUGAUACCUCCAACUCCACCUUUGACAUGAACAACAAACUCUCCAUACUCAACGCCUCCAAGAGCAGCAGCUACGAGCUCUUGGGCAGCUCCGGCGGACAGCUACGUCUGUAUGGCGGCGAACUGUUGCUCUUUGUGCCGGAGCAUGCCAUCGGCAAGCACACGAAGAAGCAUGUGUCCCUGCUCCUGCUGAGCGAUGAGUGCAGCCGGGUUUCCUGCGCCACCGAAAGCUCCAUCCUGUGCAGCAGCGUGGUGCACAGUGCCCCGCGUAACUAUAGCUUUGUGAAGCCAGUGAUCCUGAAGAUUCCUCACUGCCUGGUGGCCCCGGAGCAGUGGCAUGUCCACAUCUACCAUGCGGAUAGCGAGCAUGACGAGCUGAGCGUGAACUGGCGACGAGCGGUGUCCGUGGGCGAGGAGACCAUCAACACGCCCAUGUUCGUGCAGCUGGAGUCGCGACAUGUGUUCAUCAUGACGGAGCAGCUGGGCCACUUUGCCGUGGUGGCGGAACCAAGGAUCCAGCAGCCCUCCAUCAAGAUGAAGCUGCUGGCCUUUAGCCAGCACACGCCACCGAGCAGCGCCAACUGCAGUUUGCGGAUCUAUGUGGUCAAGGAUUUGCCCAAUAGUCGUGACAUCUGCGCCAACGUAGAGGCCAAGCUGGGCGGCAGUUUCCUGGGUGAAAGCCAGGUCUUUGCCUUCACCCUCAACAGCCGGAACCUCAAUAUCCGCGUGCGCAGCGCCGAUGUGGAGGCAGCGGCUCCCUACGAGCACGCCAUACCCUACCAGCACAUCCUCAGCAACAACUCCAUCCUGCACUGUGAGUUCAGCCUGCGGCGGCAGGAUCAGACCACACUCUGCGUGGACUUUGGCCAAGGGAACGAGGACGAUGCGGACAUAUAUACCUUCAACAUUCCGGCCCACUCGUUGAGCGGCUCGGCGGAGGAGCUGGCCUCCACCACAAACACCACGAUCUCCAUCGACCGGCAGGGCAACUAUGUGAACGAGAGCUGUGUGAUGGACUUUGUCCAGCUGCCGCAUGCCACCAAGCGCCUGAUCUGCGCUGCCUUGGAUCCACCUCGGGCUGACGAACGCGACUGGCGAUUGCUGGCCAAGAAGCUCAAUACGGACCGGUAUAUCGCCUAUUUUGCCACGAAGGCCUCGCCCACCGAACAGAUCCUGAACCUGUGGGAGUGUCGGGCGAAUAGCUCACCCGGUAAUAGUUCCAACUCGGUUUCGCACACGAUAAUGAACCUGUUGCUCACGCUCAAGGAGAUGGGACGCCAGGAUGUGCUGGACAUAAUCGUGGAGACGAUUGGUCCGCUGUGGUUCUAAAGAGUGCCAUGGG